AUGAAGGACUACACUAUCACUGUUCUAGGCUGCGGGGUCAUGGGAACUGCCGUGGCCACUGCCAUUCUCAAGUCCAACGUCGAGCCAGCUCCUGCCAGGCUCAUUGCAUGUGUCAACUCUGAAAAAUCGGCCCUGGCAUUGCAAGGAGCGUUCGACGACCACAGAGUCGAGGUGUCAUUUGGCGAGGCCAAUGCUAAAGCCGUCGAGGCUGCUGAUAUUAUCAUUUUGGGGUGCAAGCCGUACAUGUACCAAACAGUGUAUGAGCAGGUCAAGAACUCGUUGAACGGUGACCAAUUAGUGAUCUCGUUGUUGGCAGGUACCACCAUCGAGGAGUUGGAGAUUUUCUCGAAAUAUGUGGCCAAAGUCAUGACCAACACCCCUGCCAAGUUUGGGUGUGGUACCGCAGCAGUGUCAUUUUCUGAAGCAGUUAGUCUGGAUAAUCAGGAUUUCGUGAUGAAGCUCGUUGACACUGUGGGAUUGGCUUUCAAAAUCCCAGAAAAGAACAUGGAUGCUGCCACGGCACUUGUGGGAUCCGGUCCUGCGUUCUGCUUGAUGAUGAUGGAAUCAUUGAUCGACGGAGGAGUCAGAAUGGGCCUUCCGUUCGACGUUGCCCGGUCUGCUGCUGCCAAGGUCAUGGAGGGAACCGCCAAAAUGGUGCUCGAGACAGGAGACCAUCCUGCCGUUCUCAAGAGUAAGGUGUGCACUCCAGGAGGAACCACUAUUGGCGGGCUUUUGAAGAUGGAGGACGCUGGUGUGCGUGGAGGUAUCGCUAGAGGCGUGGAGGAAGCAGCCAACAUUUCAGCUUCUUUUGCCAAAAAGAAGUAG